UUUUUAGUUGCAGGUUUGAUUAGGCAGAGCUUGAAGACAAGCCAUGUCAAACAAGUACAAUUUGAAGUGGAACUCCCAUCAUGCAGAAACAUUUCAGAGCUUUGAGAAUCUCCGCCAUAGGGAGAUGUUUGUGGAUGCAACUCUGUCCUGCAAUGGGCAGUUCUUGAAAGCCCACAAACUGGUGCUGUGUGCAGGGAGUGGGUACUUCGAGCGAAUUCUCAAUAGGGAUGGCCCAGGGACACCCACCAUUCAUUUCUACGGUGUGGACAUGCAGUUGCUCAAGCUUCUUGUGGAAUUCAUGUAUUGUGGAGAAGUUGAAGUUCCAGCUAUGGAUCUUGAGAAAUUCAUUGAAGUAGCUGAGAACUUGGAGGUGAAGGGACUGAAGGGGGAUAAGUCAAAAAGCAGUGGGUCACAUGGUGCUGUUGGUGGGACCACCAUUCCUGUGUCUGAUGUUCAGGAUGCAUUGGCACACAAGAGAAAGAGUAGUGCCCCACCCUGGCAAGAUUUUGAUGAACCACAGUUCCAUCCCCCAAAAAUGCCACGAUCUCAGCCUCCCAUGCUGCGAGGUAGGCAGCAGUUUAUAGGACCACACUCACAGCAGCAAAAGCCUGUUCCCUCCCCAUCUCAAGUCCAUCAGACUCAACCCGAACCUAGUACGAGUACUUCAGGGUCUACUGAAGAAGUAGUGAUAAAGGAAGAGGGAGGAGGUGAUGAAAUAAGUGAUAUUCAUGAUGAAAUAGAUUCAGCUUCUGCAGCAGCUGAUGAAGGAGAAUGGGAUGAACAAUCUCAAGCUUCAUAUUUUGCUGAGGGGAUGGAAGGCGAGCCAGAAACACCAGUGAAUAUUCCUCCAGAAGUCGACCCACAGAAUACCUACUUGGGGUACUAUAAUCCAGAAGCUUCAUCCCUUUCACAUGUGAAACUCAUCAGCUGCAAGUGA